UCUAUAGCCCGACGUCGUUUCGCCCGGCGAGCAAUCGCAAUCGCGUCAGUUGGUGCUCAGCUGCCGUGGUGCGUGCAACGUAGGUAUAGAUACCUCUCGGGUCGAUAUCGAAGGUACUCGCGACGCGUCCCUUCAAAAAUCAUACGUUACUCGCGUAGCCAAGCACCAACCGCCCGGAAUUCUCCGAUCUGCGUGGACGUCGCUAAUCCUCGUGCUCGCGUAUCCUCUUCGAUCAUCCUGAGAAACGCAUCUCUGACGUACGAAUAAUAACAGAAACGUAUCGUGAACUUCGCCGGCGGGCAGGAGGAACGCGGAAGGAAAGGAGAUGACACGCGGGGUCGCACGAGGGAACGAAGCCGCGAUCUUUCCACGCGCGCGCAAAUAACGAUCGAGGAGAGGUACGGCCUUGGAAGCGGCGAACGACAAUUUCUGACGAUCGAUCGACAGUCGCUUACAUAGCUUAACGCCGACGAUUUAUACGAGUUUCACAACUUCUCUCGAUUAUCGAAACCGAUCACUAACCGCGAUCGCAAGACGAUUUUCUUUUAUUCGGCCGGAGUAGGAAGAAGUCAAUCUUCCUCGUAUAUCUCGUUCCCUCGAAUAAAACACGAAGCACGACGAAGUGGUGGCACAAUGUAGCGCGGUGACCUCGACCGAAAGGUGCGGACUUUCUUACGUGAACUAGAAACCAGUGCGAAAGUUCGACAAGGAAUUAUUCGCAAAGAGACAAACGUGAGGAUGAAGACGAUGGGCGAUGUCGUCGCGGAUCCCAUCGACGAGAACGAUGGCACGGUGCAAUCCUCCAGUGCGAGCAAGGAAUUCGGUCAGAGAACACUGAGAUCCUUGAAGAGAGGACUGGGUCGACUCUGGAGGAGGCACAGAGGCAAUGCAUCGAUUACCGAAUACGAUCCCUCCUACAAAGUCGCGUAUCUCGGGAAUGUGCUGACCGGAUGGGCCAAGGGUGAAGGCUGCGUCGAGAAGCCCGUGUCGACCCUGUGGCGGAACUACGUAAGCAGCAAUAGACCCGACGUUUCCAUGAGGUUGACGGUGACCAACGGUGGUCUGACCGCGACCACUAAAGACCACGGCCUCACCGAGUAUUGGGCUCACCGUGUGACUUAUUGCACAGCGCCAGCCACUCAUCCACGCCUCUUUGUUUGGGUAUACCGACAUGAAGGCCGUAGACUGAGGCCCGAAUUAAGGUGUCACGCAGCCCUGUGCAGCAAGGAGUCUACCGCAAGAAGACUCGCCUCGAUCUUGAAUGCCAGGCUGCAACAGGCGCUCAUGGAAUUCCGCCGGGACAAGGUCUCCAGGCAAAACGCCAGAUUGUCUCUAGCAAACGCAUUAUACGACAAUCCGUCGUUGCCGCGUAGGAAACUUCUUCUGAGCACCGGUGGCCAGAACUAUCGGCCACCCUUGGAGAGGUCAAAGAGCGCGCCUAAGUUAUCAGCGAUCGAAGAGGACACGGUAGCUGAAGAGAUAGAGCAGGAGAGGCUGCUGGAGGAAUUGCGUUCCUUGGAGAACGUAGCACGUAGCUGGGAAGACCAGGACAGCUGGAGGAUAGCCAGAUUACUGGAAGCUCUUAAUCGCGAAUCCGAUGAAAACGGUAGCAUCUCCAGUGGAUGUGAAACUGCCAGCACGGCGACCAGCGAGGAAAGAGCCACUGGCCCGGAGGAACAUCUUGCUCAGAAUCCAAAUGAUCAGCGAGGGUCGAUCAAAAGGGUUAUCUUCUCGGAAGACGGAGUCGGCAGGAGAUCAGGACCACGAAGGAAUUCAGAAGGUUCGCCACAUUUUAUGACGUGUGCCGGUAGUCCCCGUUUCAAUCCUAUGGAUCCUAUGAAGAGGUUUCCCUUGAGCGAAGAAGAAGAAUCGAUGGAGGAAGAAGAAGAAGAAAUAGAAGACACUGCUUCGAACAUGUUCGAUUUCGAGGAUGUCGAGGAUCUCGACGACGUGGUGGAUUAUCGGCCGAGGGGAGAGGUGAUGAACAGGAUUGAGGAUCCGCAAAAAAGGGAAAGGCGAGCGAACGAGAAAUAUCCUGGUAGAAUAGGUCACGAUUUUUUGCAAAAUGAGGAAACUUCGUUCCUAACUCUGGAUUCUCUCGACGAGGAGGCCGACAGCGAUGAAAGCGGUUACGUGGAAGCACCACCAAAGUCUUUACUAGGUCAAGAUGACAAGAAAGAAGAGGAAGAGAGCGAGCAUCUGCGAUUAGAGUCAUUUACGAAUAAAAGAGAGGACAAAUUGGAGUCGACAUGUAGAACCGACGAAAGUGAGAAUCAGAGGACGAAACACGAGGAUUCUAAGUUAGAUAAGCAAGAGGGAAGAAAAACGGAGAAGAAAGAUCCCUUAAUGGUGGUCAACGAUAAUCAAAGAGUCAAGGAAAGAGAAAGGGUAGAUUUUAAGUCUCCUAUCUCAGAUACUAUCAGAAAGUUAGCUAGUGCGUCACUAAGAAAUUCCAAAUCUUUCGAAAUGACAAGCAACAAUUGCUUGAAAGUACUAAAUAAUUUCAAAACCUCCAAGUCAUUUGAUAGCGUGAAGAAUGAUGAAAUUACCGUGGAUUCGCCAAGUCUUCACCAAAGGAAACAAUUGUUGGCACAACGCGGUGUCAUGGUUUAAAACGUCCCUUUUAAAUUGAAUAUUUUUCCGAUUUUUUAUUACAAAUUGAACGGAAAUUAAUCAUUGAAUAAAUAUUUAUCUAUCAUUAAGUCAUCACGAAUCAUCAAAAACAUAAUUAUGUUUCAUAAAAACACCAAGUCUACAAACAAGAACGCAAAAUUAAUAUUCGAGCUAAAAUGUGCCUAAUAGAUUUAUUAAAUUGUAUCAAUUGUUUCGUUUUUUGGCAAACAAAAAUAGGACUAUUGCAAAUAUGUAUUUAUGAUGAAAUCGUUUUCCUUUUUCGUAAUGUUCAUAAUAGAAAAUAGACGGAUUCGAUAACAAAUGCAUUUAAGUUUUAUGUCAAAGGCACAUUAAAAAUAUCUGUUUGAAUAAUAUCGAAGCAACAAUUAAGAUAUUGUUCAAAUGACUGCUAGACUUUGAAAAAUCCCACUUGAAUCUUUAAAUGCAUAUCAAAAUACUAUCAUCGAGUUGAACAAAUACACUCAGUGUCGAAAUUUGAUUUAAGCACAAUAUUCUAAGAGACGUAGUUGAUUUCUUGUGCCUCUCUAGUUGGCUAGUUUCUUAUGCCUGAGAAUCGCGACCUCGCAG